AUGAAGCCCAAGGACGAGGAAGCAGAAGCCGAAGGCAGCACGACUCAGAGUAACAGGCGACAGCAUAAAGUCAAGGGGCCCCGUGACAUUAAUUUUGCUAGAUCUUUUGAGAAUAGGAGCGGCCAAGGGCGAUUUUCCGUGCAAGCCAUGGCAGAACAGGCCGUUCCCGAACGGACGGUGCGUGCAGUCGUUCUGCCCUGCGGAAAGAAAGGGACGUUCAAAGGAGAAGUGUACGAACAGGCCGUUCGGGUCCAGGCCGACGACAAACUUUCGACUCCGGGCUUUUUCUUCUGGAUCCUAAGAUGGAUCGUGGACUUUCUCGGCGGGACACCAACCCGGAACUUUGCGGGAAGGAGUCGGGAUGCCAUGGUCUGUCGCACAGCGACCGUGUUGGCGGACGGCUUGUCGUCUUCGGAAACAGAGCAGGACGAGCCGGAGGCGUCGGAGGAGGGCCGGGUUUUGCCAAGUGGAGAGAGUCACGUCACCUUGAGCGGGAUGAUGACAAUGCAGGAACGUUCGGCCAAGAAGAGAAAGUCCAAAGACCAGCCGGCCGUGAAGGAGGAGUCGGCCGAGCCGGCCGGUGUCAAAGAGGAGCUGGACGAAGAGUCUGGGCAGGACGAGGGUGACGAGGCGGACCUCGUGCGAAGGAGCGACUUCAGCAUGUCGUCGUUCGCCUGCCUCUGCUGGUUGGCCAACCUGAUGAGCAAAGGGCCAAGAGCGAAUUCCAAAUGGAAUUUGGAGAGUGGGGAGGUUCGAAGUCGUGCUGAGGCCCUGCUGGAAGGGAUGCGAGACUCGUUUUGGCAGGACGUUCGUGGUCGCGGCAUCUCGGUGGUGGCAGGCGUCCUCUCCGUGGAGCAGCUGGCGGCGGCCUACGGUCAGGUCGUAGCGAAGAUCUUCGCCAAACGGAAGAACGUCUGCAUCGUGGAGGCCAUGCGGGUCUUGCAGGCGGACAGUGCGAGACGGUCUCUCAGCCAGGACCGCCGACGGCUCGCCGAGAAGGUCUUCAGCCGUUUGCUGGUGACCCUGGCCGAGGCCAUCGACCAGUCGAAAGGGCAGGCCGUUUGGACCGCCCAUCGUGUUGAGUCGCUCGAGCAGCUGAGGACCGUCUCUCACGGCUGCCAAGAGGCCGUUCUGCAGGCAGGGUCGGCAGCCGGGCCGUCCAUUGCAGCUGCUCUGCAGUCUCAGCAGCACCUGACGUCGGCCGUCGAGGAGAAAGGUCCCCGGAGUCGAGACAAACCGGGGAAGUUCUUGGAGGCAGAGCGACUCUCGUACUGCAACAGCGGACGUUCGACGUUCGCUUCGACGGCCGUCCUCAGCGUCGUCGCAGAUGCCGUUCACGUCGGCGACGACGACUGGCUGAACGUCUUCGUUUGCGACCCGGCGGCCGACGUCAAGAAGGGCACGGCCAUCGCCGUCGAGCAGUUCGUGGACGUUUGGCAGGGCCGCAUCACGAAGUUCUUCGAGAAGGCGGGCACGAAGGGUCGUUCGGCAGGCAAAAGCACUGGCGGGGUACGAGAGCCGGAGCGACAGGCAACUCAGGACUGGCUCCGAGACGUCUCUCACAGCCUUUCGGCCGUCGGCUGGAGCUGGUCGGCGUUGGGUCCCUCGCCGGACAACAGCAAGAGGCCGAAGGUGCUCGUGCUUUGCACCGACCAAGAAGCGACACAACUGGCGGCCGUUAACUACCUCAAAUUCGGUCGUUCGCUCUUCGUGGAGUACGUCAACGACCCUGCCCAUCGGAGCCAUAACGAUGUGCACCUCGCCUUGGCCUCUGCCGGACUACUGACGUUCGCCCUCGUGUCGCUCGGCCUUUACAAUGUCCGAUAUGGGCCUUGGAACAAAGGAGGCUGGUUUGGCAAAGUGCAAAGCAUGGCCGACCAACUCAGCCAGUCGAUGUCGCCAUCCGACCCCCUCCUCCUGGCGUUCUUUCCGGACAUUCUGUCCGAUCAAGGUCGUUCGCAGGAAGACAACACGGAGGACAACCGGAAGCUCUUCUUGGAGGGUCUGCCCAACAGGUCCUUCGUCCGCUCCAAAGGAAGCAAAGCCUCGCAGUCUCGCUUCAACAGCUUGUCCAUCGCCCACUCGGAGUUGGACAAGGAUUGGUCGGCCUUUUGCUUCGUUUUGGCAGCUGUGUGCGUGGCCGAAGGCUGGACGAAGACUGCCUCGGAGCUGUGGGCUCCUGGAGCCGGCAAAGUGCAGGAGGCCAGCAGCGGCAGCAGGACGGCUGCGAAGGCGGCAGCUCGCAAGACCAUCCAGCACCAGCGAGGCAGUUCGGUCAACACUCUACACGGCAUGACGGCCUUUGCGUGCAAUCCCGACAACCGGUCGCUCGCAAGAACGUUGUUUUUCGUUCUGCAGCCCGAGGGCGUUCGCUGCAGCCAGAUGUUGGAGGAGCUCAGGUCGUUGGAAGCGACCAUCUCCAUCUAUAGCAGCUGGGCCCACUGGGGCUACAUGAACGUGGCUAGGGAACACAUCGCUCGUCUUUCGGACCUGGCAGCCCUUCAGCGUUUGGGCUUGGAUCUCGCCUUGGACUUUCCCGACCACGACGAGGCCGAGCCCGCCCUGCUCUACCAGGACACGGUCGCUCGAAGGGUCUUGAGGCUGACCUUUCGCUUGCUUCGCUUUCGCUGCGGCUCCCAACUGCCGAGCACGAACGGUUGGGGUGCCACUGCUGGCCUCCUCCACGAGAGCACGGCCUGUCGGCUGGCCAGCCUUGCGUUUCUCAGAGACAUGGACAAGACGGUGACGGCAGUUCGGGAGACUGGGUCGCUGGAGGCCAAGACACUGCUCGAGGGCCAUCCGGCCACGGGGCCUGUCCUGGCCAUGGUCCUGUCGGAACUGCGGUCUUCGUCGUUCGUGGAGGUGCCGGCCGAGACGUUCGACUUUCUGCGGCAUUGCUGGGGUGGCCUCUUGAAUUCCAAGUUGGUCGAAGAUGCGAAUAAGGUGCAGCGUGAAGCGGAGCAGAGGAAUGGGACUGCCAAGACUCUCGGCCGCCUCGAAGGGUGGCAUGGCCUCUCGAGAAAGAGGCUUUUCCAGGACUACCGGCGGAAGGAAGUGGCCAACGGCACCAUGGUCAGCGUACCCGCGUCGUUCGAUGCCGAUGCCUGGUUCGUUCGCAAGAGGAGGCGAACGAGUGCGGGGUCGGCCGCCUCGCAGGCCGAUGUCGCAGAAGUAGAGACU